CUGACUUUUUAACUGGUUAUUUUGGAGGCGGAGUCUCGCAGCCCUCGCUGUGCGGGCUCUCUUUGCACUCUGGUCCUCCGGAUCUCGGCCUCCUGAGAUCCAGCAUUUGCUGCAGCCUCUUUGGGUUUAGGGCAGAGCCCGUGUUCAUCCUAGACAAAGUUGGAGAAUGGUGCCGUGUGGCUCCGGGAGGCCUGGCUGGCCCUCGGCUCUCCUGCAGGGCUCCGGGAGGCUGGCAUCACCUGCAGGGGUGUGGUUGGGCUCUCUGCCCACCUCGGCUCCCCCUUGGCCCAGGCUCUUCUCAGAGAAGCAGCUCAAGAGGAGGCGGAAGCCAGAGUUUGACAUUGCGAAGAACGUUCUGGAUCUGAUUUACGGGCAAACUCUGGUCUGGCUGGGCGUCCUCUUCUCCCCGCUCCUGCCAGCCGUGCAGAUCCUCAGACUGCUGCUGCUCUUCUAUAUCAAGAAGGCCAGCCUGAUGGCCAACUGCCAGGCGCCGCGCCGGGCCUGGCUGGCCUCGCACAUGACCACCGUCUUCCUCACGCUGCUCUGCUUCCCCGCCUUCCUGGGCGCCACCGUCUUCCUCUGCUACGUCAUCUGGCAGGUGAAGCCCUCCGCCACCUGCGGCCCCUUCCGGACCCUGGACAGCAUGUACGAGGCGGGCACCGUGUGGGUGCGCCGCCUGGAGCGGGCGGGCCCCGGCGCCGCCUGGCUGCCCUGGCUGCACUACCACCUGGUGGAGAACACCCUCUUCGUCUUCCUGGUGUCGGCCUUGCUGCUGGCGGUCAUCUACCUCAACAUCCAGGUGGUGAAGGGCCAGCGGGAGGUCAUCUGCCUGCUCAAGGAGCAGAUCCGAAAUGAGGGGGAGGACAAAAUCUUCUUGAUCAACAAGCUUCACUCUGUGUAUGAGAAGAGGGAGAGGAGCAGGGCCAGCAGGAACCAGGGGGCUGGCGUGUCCCCUGCCGCGCUGGCAGAUGAGGGAGAUGCUUGCCGGGAUGGCGAAGGGCGCUGCCGGCAUGCCUGGCACCCCCGCUCAGCCCCUCAUGUCACAGCCCUGCAAGCAGAAACGUGGACUUGACCCCAGGCCGGUGCCCUGCAGAUCCCAUGGGCACCAGGCGGGAGAAGCCUGCCUGCCUUCUGUGAAUGGCAGCCUAGCUGAAGACUGGGGGCAGC